AGUUACUAGCUUUGAACGAGUCCAGGAUAUUCAAAUGUAAAAGUAGAAGAAAAUUUGAAUUUCUGUUUUGUCAUAUCUUAGGUUAUUUAUCAUAUUUAAAAAAUCAUCUCGAAAUAAAAACAAAAUUAUAGUAGAAAUGGUACACAUGCAGCAAAUUAGUCAAAUCAACGUAAUACCUGUAUUAACAACACUUUACUCUUCAAGAAGUUUUUCAAGCUACUGUAAUAAACAAUUAUCCUCCAAAUCAAUUAGGAAAUAUUUUUUAGACUUUUUCAUAAAUGAGAAUAAUCACAAAUAUGUAAAAUCAAGUCCAGUCGUACCUUAUUGUGAUCCAACUGUGCCAUUUGUAAACGCUGGAAUGAAUCAGUUUAAAGGAAUUUUACUUGGUACUCAAGAACCAAAAUACAAAAGAGUUGCAAAUUGUCAAAAAUGUAUAAGAGUAGGAGGAAAACAUAAUGAUCUAAAUAUUGUAGGAACAGAUGGCUAUCAUCAUACAUUUUUUGAAAUGUUUGGAAAUUGGUCUUUUGGAGAUUAUUUUAAGCCAGAAGCCUGUAAAUUAGCAUGGGAGCUUAUCACACAAGUCUAUAAAUUACCAAAGAAAAGACUCUAUGUAACAUACUUUAAAGGAGAUGAAAAGUUGGGUUUAAAGGAAGAUUUAGAAACAAAAGAGCUCUGGAAAGAGUUAGGUGUAAGUGAAGAUAGGAUAUUACCAUUUGGUGUGGCAGAUAACUUUUGGGAAAUGGGCCUUGUUGGACCAUGUGGCCCUUGCACUGAAAUUCAUUAUGAUCAUAUUGGUUGUGAUAAUAGGGCUGAAUUUGUAAAUAAAGGUCUACAUGAUCUCAUAGAAAUAUGGAAUGUGGUAUUCAUUCAAUACAAUAGAUUACCCGAUGGCAGCAUAAUGCAACUUCCAAAGCAGCAUGUAGAUACUGGUAUGGGUUUUGAAAGAAUGACAUCAGUACUGCAAGGAAAAAUUAGUAAUUAUGAUACCGAUAAUUUUAAGUAUUUAAUGGAUGCCAUAACAAAGAAUUGUAGGGGUGUGCCAAAAUAUGAAAGCCUGUUCGGUGAAAAAGAUUGGAAUGAUUUGAAUAAAUCAUAUAGAAUGUUGGCAGAUCACAGUAGGAUGAUCACUGUUGCACUAGCAGAUGGUGUCAUACCCGAGGAAAAUCAAAAACUUAGAAGAAUUAUGAGGAAAGUAUUUAUUCUCAGUGAGACUGUAUUUAAAAAAGAAACUGGUUUACUUAGAGAAUUAACUAAUUACAUAGCAGAAAAUUUGGAAUCUGUAUAUCCAGAAAUGAAAAAAAAUCUCUCUCAGAUUCAUCAAAUAAUUAAUUACGAAGAAGAAGUUUACAAAAAUCUACGCCGAUCUGCUGCAAAAGAUUGGCAGAAAUGUAUACAGGAAAAUCCGAAAUUACUAGAACUUGAUAUUAUAGAAAUUCAUAAUUUUGCAAGCGCUUACAGAGAUAUCACUUCGAGUACUAUAAAAGAAAUAGAUGCCAAAACUGCAUUUCGUCUCUACGAUACUCAUGGUUUAGACGAAGAAAAUAUUACUAAAUUGGCAAUAGGACUUAACCUAAAAUUUGAUGCAAAAGAUUUCAACGAUCAAUUAGAGUUAGUGAAACUAAAUUCAAAGAAGAAAAAUUUUACUUAUCAGUCAGAUAUUUAUUCCUAUCUAUCUAAUGAUGGAGUACCAAAAACAAAUGAUAGCUACAAAUAUUCUUACAGAAAGCUUGAAGACUAUGGAUAUUUAUUCGAGACAAUUCAAACUAGAAUCUUGAAGAUAUUUAAGGACUCUCAAAGUAUAGAUAGGAUCCGUUGUCAUGAAAAAUGCUCGUUGGUAUUAAACAAAACGAAUUUUUAUACAGAAUCCGGAGGCCAAGUAUCUGAUAAAGGUAAAAUAUAUUUCCAUCAUGGUAUAUUUGAUGUCGAAUCUGUACAAAAUUUAAAUGGUUACAUACUGCAUAAUGGUGUCUAUAGAUCGAACAGUUUAAACGAAAAUGAUAUCUUAAAAUGUAACUCUAUAGGUAAGAUCGAAGUAGAUCUGCCUUUUAGACUCAAUUGUAUGAGAAAUCAUACUUCGGUGCAUCUUCUGAAUGCAGCUUUAAAGAAAAUUAAAACUGCUACAUGCCAAAAAUCUAGUAAAGUUACAGAUUCUUUUCUGAAUUUGGAUGUUGCAAUUUUUGGUGAUAAAUUAUCUAAUGAUGAAAUUCGCCGAUUAGAAAAAGACAUUGUGAAUGUUAUUAAGAAAGGUGAAGAUGUGAACGUUUACGAGAUUGAUAGUCAAGAUUUAUUACAAAUGAAGAAUGUAACACUAAUACCAGGUGAAAUUUAUCCUGAAAAUGGAAUAAGGCUUGUUGAAAUAAACAACGAUGGAUUCUUAUCGAGAGAACCUUGUUGUGGCACUCACGUUUUAAAUACAUCAGAUAUAGAUGAUUUUUGUCUAACAAAUAUUAAAUCAUUAGGAAGGAGUACUACUUCUCUUACAGCCAUUACAGGAGAAAAAGCACGGCGUGCUAAGCAAAAUGGUGCUCAGUUAUUAGAGCAAAUAGAGUCAUUUUCCAAACAUGUUGAUGAUAACAUGGACAAGCUUCCGGUACUUAAUAAACUAUUAGAAACCCUUAGAAAAAAAUUGAGCAGCCCAGAAGAGCCGUUUAUGCUUCCAUUAAUUUAUAAAGUAGAAUGUACAGCUAUACUUGAUGAGAUUAACAAAAGAAUCCAGUCUGUCGAAGCGGAAUCUUUAAACGACUUUAUAGAAAUAGAAAUGAAAAACGCACUAGACACAGGAGUUAAAUUAACAAAAAAUAAUAAAAAAUAUCUAAUCCAUUAUUUACGAAGUUCUUUGAUACUUGAGAAGGUGCCGUUACAAAAAGCGACCAAAUUAUGCCCCGAUUAUCCCGUAUUGGUAAUUUCGUAUGCAGACAAUACUGUUAAAGCAAGAUGUUGUGUUCCAAAGAAUUUCAAGACUGAGAAAUUCAACGCUGAAAAAUGGAUGAAUGAAACUGUAGCUACAGUAUUUAGAAGUCGCGUAACCCCCUCUAGAGGUCAGGAUGGUACUUUGGUAUGUAAUAUGAAGGCAAAACGAGUACACAUUCAAGAAUGGGAUCCACUUCUGAAAGCCAGUUUACAAAAAGCGCAAGAAUUCGUCGAGAAACAUCUGUAACUAGUUUUUUUUUAAAAUGAUAAUUACUUCCAGUGAUUUGUUGGUACAUAUAACCCAUUAAGAAUAACAGUUUAAAACAAAAGUUAUGAAAUUCGUGAAUAUAUUAGUUGUUUUCUAUCUCGGUUUUGUUUUUGACAACAAUAAAGCUCAAUUGGAUUUUUAAUUACUUUAUUUUGUUAAAUACAACAAGCUUCAACACUUAAUGCGCAACAUUAAUUAUUAUUCUAUUCGAUCAACCAGAAAUUCAUUUGACAAUUGGCUAACCGAAACAAGGCAGGCUUUUUCACCAAUUUUUUAUUUCAACACAUUCCUUAAACAUUAAUUGUAAUAUUCCAAUUUUUUUGUAUGGCACAAAAGGUGAAUAAGAUUAGGAUCUAGUAUCAAGUAGCUAGGAGACAGGGGAGAAUGGAAAAAAUUGGAGACCUAUAUCCAGGAGUAGGUAAUGAAGGAAAAGACGCCCUAUAAAAAAUUUAGGUAGAUGUUCUGUUGUUCUGGAAACGAGCAAACAGUUUUAGAUACUUGUGAACAAUAAAAUGAUCAAAACCUUUAAAAAAAGUUAUCUGGGAAUGAUGACAUAGUUUUUGAUCUCAUAUGUGCAUAUAAAAUAUGCAGUGCAUUCGUUAAAAAAUCAACUGCUGCAAUGCAAGUGGUUCUAAUAAACUAAGAAUAAUGAAAAAUUAACAACAGAAAAUAUUAGAAUAGACUAAGUGCAGUAAAAAGGGAAGAAAGAGAAGAUAACAGAACAAAAACUGUGCCGAAUGAAUGAACAGAAAUGUCCUUAUCACUGAAAGAAGAAAUUACACCUUCGGCUACUUAUUUGGCAUUGGCCGAAAUAAUGAAGUAUUUUAUCAUCAGUUUUUUAACAAACCCCUCAAACAUAACUUGCAGUUUUUAGGUUAGGAACUGAUAUCAAUAGCUAUAAACACGAAUAGAAAAAAAGAGGUUAGGCCUACGUCCAGAAAUAAAUUUUGAAAGGCUUGUAAAGAAAACGCCAAAACAAUAUUUUUGGGUAGAUCGUACUGUUGUAGCUUCUACAAUAGUCUUCACCUGAUUCUAAGAGGACAAAAGUACAGAAUUACCAAGGGCAAUGAAAAAAACGAGAGAGAAAGAGAAGAUGGCAGAAUUAAAAUUGUUAACAAUGGACGGUGUAACUGAUAAUUGAUGUGAAAGAGAUACACUGGAAAUUGAUUGUUUUUCCUACUACUAAAAGGAAGUAUUGGACUACUUGAGGAUUUGACAUAACACCAUAAAAAUAUUCUAUGGAAAGUUCCUAAUGGAAGGUUUUUUGGUGCAUUCACAAAGUAUAUAUAUGAAGUUUAAAUAUGCUAGUACAAUGAAUUUUCCUUUGAUUUUAAGGUUUUCUCACAAAAACUUCAUGGUCUUCUAAUAUUGUCCAUAGACUAUAAUUUGUAAGGAAUUUGCUGACAUAUAGUUUUUUAUUGUAUUUUUAUUACUAAAGUGUAAACAAUAGAACUUAAUAGACAAUAUGGUGACAUCGUAUACAUAUUCAUAUGCACUACCAAGAUUCUUUUAUUGAUGCAUAUACUAAAACAAAUUGAAUAUAAUACUGAAGGUAAAGGUGCAAGGAUUAAGGUCUUGUUCAAUGCCAACAACAUGGAAUAUCUCAAUAUGUUAUGCAUUUUAUAAAGGUUACCAUAUUUUGAGUUUAACGUAUAUAUAUAAAAAAUAUUUAUUCAUGAGUAUCAUUUGAGAGACAACUAUUUUGCAAAAAUAAAACUACUGAUUGACUAAAUACAGGAUAUUAUGGUGGCUAUGAAGCAUCUUAAACUAAGUCUCGUUGUGAAACUAUAAUUAUUUUUAAGCAACCUUUAUGCUACAAACAAUGUUAUAAAAAAUAAACUUUCCACUAAUGUCAUUUUCAUUCACAACAUGCUAUGCUGAAUUUAAUGUAAGACCAUUUCUCAUUGUUAACAUUUUAGAUAUUCUAAACUUGAGCGAAAUAUAUUUGAAAUCAAUACAAAACAAGCUGUGUUAAUAUUAUUAUUGAAUAUACAAGGUUGAUUCAUAUUAUUAGACUCCAAGCGAAUCGUUUAUGAAAAAUAUUAUUUAAUGCGUUUCAUAUGAAGUAAUUCACAUUUUUGACAUUGUGUCAUUCGCCAUCCGUUCUGUUCAGUAUUCCUCGAGAAAAUAUUUAUUUCAUACAGGAUAGAAAAACAAUUUUCUCCAUAAAAAAUAUGCAAACGAAAGAUUCGUAGGCGGAAGCUGGGGUAGAUUCCCUAAUAGAAACUACAGAACUUUCGUUGAAGGAACAGAACAACCUGAGGACGAAUGAAGUUGAACAUACACCGGUAAAAAGAAAGCGGGAAAAAGCUUCAGCCGUGGUAAUGGAAUACCUUUUGAAGAAUGGCGAAGAAAAAGAUGAAGUGGAGAUUCUUUCACGGUUUGGCUCAAAAGGUCAAAAAAAUGCAAAUCUAUUAUCGUGCCCUUGCUAAAUCUCGGGUCGCUGCAGUUGUAGGAGAAAUCGAGAUACAAUCGAUAAUUAAUCCAAAUCCACAUAUCACGACGAGAAGGGAGGCAUGUAAUGAUUCUCAAAGAUAUGUUUAGUCAACGUCCACUACUUCUACACCAAAUCAAGUAAUUCCAAAUAAUACACAAGACGAUUAUGAAAGUUUCACAAAUACAUUAUAGUUAUAAUAUAAUACUUUACAUAUCUCUGUAAAAAAAUUAUUUUGUUUUUAAUAGAAGGGAAAAUAAAUUGAGUUUCUUUAUAUUUAACUGAAUCCUAUUCAUUCUAAAAUAACCAUGAUACUUUGCAUCGUCUUCAAUCAGUUCUUUGUAUAAAGUCCAAUAUUCACCAUAAUCUUUUCUCUUUUUGAAUAUUGGGUGUACUGAAACGCUCCUUGAAUGUGUAUAUGAACGCGCUUUCCGUUCCGACAAUCGAUUCGAUUGAUUACUGAAACGAUACGUGUCGGAUAAUAUGAAUCUACCUUUAUUCAUAAAAGAAAUUUCAGUUUGCAAAUUAUGAUUAACGAAGUGAGGCUGAUUGGUCUUAAAAAUUUGGGAUUUGUAGUGUCCCUACUUUUGGUAUGAAAUUUACUUUGCUCUUCUCCAUGGCUCUGGUAUGUAACUCAGCUCUAGGCUGCUUCUACUGAGGCGGAUCAAGUGUGGCAAGAUAUCCUCCUGUCCCCUAUCGAGGAGGGGAGAACCUAAUCUAACCUAACCAGUUUUGCAGUUGCUGCAGUUUCUCUCGUAGUUUGGCUAUAUUCUGCCUGUUAUGUACUGAGGCUUCAGCAAGAGCUGUGCUCUGUCCUCCUCACCCUCCGUGAAGCUGCCAUCCAGUAGCCUCAGUGCCACGGUUGUAUUGACCUUGCCCUUCGCCAAGACUUUGUGAAGUCUUCAAGUCACAGGUGUAGAGUCAAUUUCCUCGCAAAAUUUUCUGAAACUUUGUUGCGUUGCUUUUCUUAUUUCAUUGUUGUAGGUAGUGAGUUUUCUGGUGUAACUAUGUCAGUCCCCGGAACACUUUGUGUGUUUCGGUUCUUAAUUUUGACAGAUGAUCAUUCCACCAGGAAGCAUCGCUACCCUUUUUGUGUUAUGAUUAAUGAUUUAUAAUGUUUACUGAAGUCAAUUAAGUAGCUAUGAAGCAUGAAAAUAAGUCUGGAGGGUUGUAUAUGACAAAACUGUGUUAAUGGGUGUUAACAAUAAUGAAUUCCUAGUAUUUUGAAAGCUUGACCCAUCUAAUAUUUUGAGUUAUAUUACGUUUGUCAUCAGAGGUAACCGAUUCGAUUCAUACGAGAAAUGGUCUUUUGUAUAUUGUGGUAAUGCAGUCUUAUAAUCUAGUAAGACAUCGACAAUACACUGCUACUACAAAUAUUAUAAAAAAUAAUUUAAAACAACCUUAUACAACUAUCAAAAUUUGUGUUUUCACUUAAAUCUAAAUUCUUUUCAAUAACAACAGUUCAAUUUGAACAAAAACAGUUAUUGCUAUUAAAUUAAUUUACUUAAAAUAUCCUAUAACUAUUCAUGGCGUAAAUAGACCUGAUCUAUUUUUUUAAUGGUAGCGCUUCACUAAUUCUAACCUACCACUAUGUAUGCGAAUUCAUAAUUUAGUACUAAAAUUCUGAUUUCGUAAAAAUGUCACUACUUUACAAAAUAUAUUUAAAACUAAUGUUUAGUAAAAUUUCCCAAACAAUAAAAAAAUCGUGUCAGUUUCUUUCAAGGUAUUCUUAUUUUAAUUCUCAACUCUGAAUUCUAAAAAUGCAAACAGCAAAUGUAUAUCUGAUUAUAUUAUUUUGGAAUUGAUCCUAAAAAACAACUAAUUAUAUUCACAAGAAAAUACGAGAUACUUAAAAUCACUGCCCUAAAAAUUGAAUGGACAAAAACUUUUCCUGUCAAAGGAAGCUAAAUACUAGUUUCCAUGGAAAAGGGAUGUGUUUUCAUGUGAAAGGGAUAUUAAAAAAAGGAAUCAACACUUUCUAUACCUUAUACGAUGUUUGUGAAAAAAGUUUGGAGAGGACAAUAUUUAGAGUAAAAGAAUUCUGAAUAAUAUUUAUAAAACAGAAGCAAAAAGAAUAAAGGGAAUAUUAUAUUACAACACAAACUGUAUAAUUUCAAAAACUAGCUUCAAGGGAAAAAUAUAAAUAAAAAUUCCUACAAGAGAUGAAUUAAUGGGAUGAAAACCCAUUAUAAAAAAUAAAGAAAUUUCAUUCUUUACAGAUGGUUAGGAAAUUAAAAAUGGAAUAGAAGCCGCUGUGUUUUUAAAAAUCGUACAAACUGAAAGCUGGAUGUGCUCUUCCAGCAAAAGGAGGGUGACAUCUAAAAACAUGCGGGUAGGGCUGAUGACUAAGUCAUAGAAAAAUAUAUAUUGCCAGAUAACAACUAAGAUUGCGACCUCGGCGAAGAAACAAUAAACUUCUUAUACUUUUCGUGAUAUCAGUGUUACUAUAGAUGAGGAAUCUGAUUAACAUAUAAAUAUCUAUUGAGAGUAUGAUAACAUAAAUUUAUUUUUAACUAACAAUGUUUCAUAUUCCUUAAAACUGCCUUAUAAAACAAAUUUUAUCACUAUACAAAAGUGUCACUGUAUACUGGUGUUAAAUAAGUCUGUGAAAUGUUAAUUUAUGAGAUUUAAUGUAUAAUUGUAGGGUUGGAAUGCUUGUUAUCAACUAGUUAAUGUUUUGAAAGGGUAUGAUCAUCCCUGGUGAUCUCUAUUUGUUAUUACUUCAAGAGAGUUCUUUUUUUUAUUCGAAUAGAACCGUACAAACACCAGUUCAAUAUUUUCUUUGAUUACACUUUUAUAUUGCUAGAAAAUGAUAAUCAAAUCCAAUUUCAAUAUAACAAAACUUGUACAUUUUUUGUAUAAUUAAGGCUUUUGUACAAUAAAUAGAUUUUGUUAGGAUUAUCUCAAAAAUUUUAUUACUGCAACAAUUUGUAUUCGUAAUUGUAUACAUUUUUGUAAAGUAGUGUUUGCUGCUGCUUAUAAUACUAAAUCAAAUCUGUGCGACUAUUUUCAAAUAUCAGUCUAAGCAACAUUA